AUGGGGAAUUGUCAAGCUGUUGAUGCUGCAGCACUUGUGAUACAACAUCCAAAUGGCCAACUAGAGAGAAUGUACUGGCCGAUGUCAGCAAGCGAGGUAAUGAAAAUGAACCCAGGACAUUACGUUUCUCUCAUAAUACCUUUGCCGGUCGACGGAGAACGGACUUCGGAUGACAAGACGGUGCGCUUUACGCGUGUUAAGCUUCUCCGGCCAACUGAUACAUUAGUUCUCGGCCGAGCUUAUCGACUGGUCACAACACAAGAUGUUACGAAAGUGUUGAGAGCAAAGAAAUAUGCGAAAAUGAAGGAAAAACGGCCGGAUUCAGCAGAACAAACGCCGGUAGCAGAAAUGCAGAAUCGAAGCUGCGAAUCAGAAACUGCAAAAUCUGCAGGGGAGAAGAAUGAUGAGCCUGUGAGACACGACAGUCAUCAGCAAAGGUCAGGAUCAAUGAAUUUAACUGCUAUACGGUCUAAAACAUGGCGGCCAUCACUGCAAAGCAUUUCUGAAUCUGGAAGCUGA